AUGGCUUCCACACAGGUGCUCCUGCUUCAGCUGCUCCUGGUCGCACUGGCCUCUGCAUCGCACAAUUACGGGGGAAGUCAGACCUACACCUACAAGGGACGAAACGCUGAUGGAACACACACGGUGGAGUUUCGCAGCAGAUCAACCUAUGAUGGGUGCCACCACUCACACUUCUGGUUCUGUUCCCGUGGACACUGUGGCUCCAACUCCAAUAAUCGGAGAGGUGUUAUCGACAGAAGCACCAAUACACAGCGGUCUAACAGCCAGUGGUGUGAAACUGAAACAGUCCGGACAAGAAUCCUCCAGAGUGACAAGCCUUUUGAUUUGAGAGUUCCAGAGAACUGCCCACGGACGUACCAGCCGAUGGCCUUUGACCCUGAUGGCGAUAAAGUUCGAUGCAGAUAUGGAAAUGUCAGAAAUAUAGAGUGCAGCGGGUGUAACCUACCUUCAGGCUUCUCCUUAGAUCAAGACUCGUGCACUUUGCAAUACAACUACGCCAGAGCCUACCACACCAUUAAUGCAUUUGAGAUGAUGGUGGAGGACUUUCCACAAAGGAACAUCGCUCUGACCUACAGUGAUGGAUCCCGAUCCUCCAGGAGUCCACUGAACACGAGGAGAAAGAGAAGCAUGUAUAUGGUCACUGCAACCACACCACCAACCACAACUACACACCCCUGGUGCACCAACCACAACCACACCACCAACCACAACUACACACCCCUGGUGGUGGUGGUGGCACACUCCAGCAAUUACUACACCUCCACCCCCCACAACCACACCACCAACCACAACUACACACCACUGGAGGUGGUGGUGGUGGACCACUACAACUGCACCAACCACAGCACCGGCCACAACCACAGCACCAACCACAACCACAGCACCAACCACAACUACAGCACCAACCACAACUACACACCCCUGGUGGUGGUGGUGGCACACUCCAGCAAUUACUACACCUCCACCCCCCACAACCACACCACCAACCACAACUACACACCACUGGAGGUGGUGGUGGUGGACCACUACAACUGCACCAACCACAGCACCGGCCACAACCACAGCACCAACCACAACCACAGCACCAACCACAACCACAGCACCAACCACAACUACAGCACCAACCACAACUACACACCCCUGGUGGUGGUGGUGGCACACUCCAGCAAUUACCACACCUCCUCCCCCCACAACCACACCACCAACCACAACUACACACCACUGGAGGUGGUGGUGGUGGACCACUACAACUGCACCAACCACAGCACCGGCCACAACCACAGCACCAACCACAACUACAGCACCAGCCACUACAACUGCACCAACCACAACCACACCACCAACCACAACUACACACCCCUGGUGGUGGUGGUGGCACACUCCAGCAAUUACUACACCUCCACCCCCCACAACCACACCACCAACCACAACUACACACCACUGGAGGUGGUGGUGGUGGACCACUACAACUGCACCAACCACAGCACCGGCCACAACCACAGCACCAACCACAACUACAGCACCAGCCACUACAACUCAAUUACUACACCUCCACCCCCCACAACCACACCACCAACCACAACUACACACCCCUGGUGGUGGUACACUACCACUACAACCAAUCCUCACCUCCUAUCUCGCCGCACCGAUCCUCUCAGCAGACUACCUUUGCAGUUCUCCUUACUUGUGGACCCACCUGCUCCCUCAUGUCACGAGGGACAAUACUUGCCAAAACUCGUGCACCCAACACCUGAUCAUAGAGACCGCAUCCAAGCAGAGGUCAACAACGAAGUGGAGAUCAGAGUCAAAGCAAAAGCUACACAUUCAUCAAUACAUGACAUCAUUAUGAGUGGGCCGCUGAACAUCAGCAGCCACAGGACCGCACAGGACGAGUUUGUUAUUAGGUGGACGCCUAUCGAGGAUGACCUGGGAGAUUAUUUCCCAGUAUGCUUUGCUGUGGAGUCAGUAGCCGGUUCCCGCAUCUAUCAGUCUGAGAUGAGGUGCGUUCUGGUGGCAGUCGGGGUUGACGAAGUUGUAUCCCACGUGACCUGUGGCGAGUCCACAAUGACAGUAGAGAUUGAAAAAUCUUCCUUCCCUGGACUCCACGAGGAUCAUUUGCGCCUCAGUGACGACGCCAACACCGUCUGCAGCCUCCAGAGACACUCCAACAGCACUCACGUCAUCGCCAUCUUCCCCCUCAACACUUGUGGCACUCAGAUCGAGGAAGAUGAUGAUAACCUGUUUUUCAAGAACGAAAUCACCACCGUGGACAACAGAAACGACCUGAUCACCAGGAAACACCGUCUGGAAGUGCAGUUCUACUGCAAGUACCCCAAACGUGGAAACGUGACGAUGGGCUUCGGGGUGCACAGGCCGAACACGACAGUGUGGGAGAGAGGCUUUGGCACGUUCACCUACCAGUUCGAGUUCUUUCCUAACCUCCAGUACCGAAACAUGAUUCAACCGGAGUCCUACCCUCUGGUGUAUGACAUAGGGAGCAGGAUUUACAUGCAGAUCGAGGCCACCUCCUCACUCAACAACACCGAGCUGUUUGUGGAGUCCUGCAGAGCAUCACCAUAUGACAACCCGAACUACCAGCCAACCUACUCCAUCAUUGAGAAUGGGUGCAACGUGGACUCAACUGUUGAAAUCCAUUCCCCCUCCCAUGAGAGGCAGUUCAAGUUUAGCAUGGAGGCCUUCAAGUUCAUCGGCUUGCACGAUCAGGUGUACAUCACCUGUUCGGUCCUGAUGUGUGAAGCUGGGGGCCAUGACACCAGGUGCUCGCAGGGAUGUAUCAACUCCACAGCGUCGGGGCAUCAGCAGCAUCUCCGCCGCAAGAGAGAGUCUGCCUCUCAAACUUUAAGGCACCUCAUUUCCCAGGGUCCCCUGCGCCUCAAGAGGUCAGCUGAAUCCUCUUUAUCUCCAGUGGUCAACCUGAAUCUGAACCUGGUGUUCAUCGCUGGAUGUCUCCUUGCAGCUGUUGGCAUGAUCUGUGCAGCGGUCAUAUACAAAACCAAAACUUCCCCGGCCAAAUAUCAGCCUUUGCCUGCAUAUGAAAACUGAAGACGGCAGCAUGAGCAGAACAUUACUUUCCCUGUAAUUAAUUCUGUAAUAAUUACGUUUGACUAUAAAGCUGUUUUGAUUAGUUUUACUAUCACAAAUUGAGUUCAUUCAUGUAUUUUUUGUACCCAUUUAAAUGAAGGAAUUUUAAACAGGAAAACUCAAACAGGAAAUGAAGUAUUUUAUUGUUCAAUACUGAGAGAAUAUGAAGAAAUGUACCUACUGGUAUUACAGUAUGAUUUCAAAUGUUAAGCCCUCAUUCUAUCAAAUGUGACCAUGUAAAAGGUCAAUUAUAGUACAGUUGUUUGAUGGAUCAAUAAAAACAUAUAUCAUCUUACA